AUGCCCACGCUGUCCCCGCGUACUUUCCGCAUCGUGGCUUUCCCCGUCUUUCGGAAGCUUCUCAUCGUGACAGGCAGCAGUAGUAUGACAAGAUGGGAGCGCGACAUCACCACCACAACCAGGAGGCCAGGAAUUCCCCGGGUGCCUGCAAAUCCUGCAGGUGGUGACUUAUCCUUGGCUGACGCCUUGGACGACCCUGAUGACGGCCACAGGAAGCCGGAGCCAGGAGGAGGAGGAGCAAGAGACGGACGGAAUCGGCUCACCACCACCACCACCAAGAAGCCUGCAGUGACCCAAGCUCCAGCCAGUCUUCCAGGGGGCGACUUUGACUUGGCUGACGCCUUGGAUGACCGCAAUGAUCUUGAUGAUGGCCUCCUGAAACCGGGUGGAGAAGGAGGAGGAGGCUUUUCAGACAAGGACCUUGAGGACGUCUUGGGCGGCGGUGACUACAAGCCGGACAGGAACAAAGGUGGUGGCGGCUACAGCAGCGACGAUGAUCCAGGAUCUGGCAUGUCCGCAGAGACUGGCACGGUGGCGGGGGUGGCCAGCGCCCUGGCCAUGGCCCUGAUUGGCGCCGUCUCCAGCUACAUUUCCUACCAGCAGAAGAAGCUGUGCUUCAGCAUCCAGCAGGGCCUCAGUGCAGACUACGUCAAGGGAGAGAACCUGGAAGCCGUGGUGUGUGAGGAGCCGCCGCAAGUGAAAUACUCAGCGCCGACCCAGUUGGCAGAGCCGCCAGCGGAGCAGCCCCGGAUCUGA